UUUAGAGCAUUCUAAGGUGGCAACGGCUGUGGACAGUACGUUGUCAUUGUGCUCAACUUAGCGAUUUUCCUAGUCUUUGUGUUGCAUAUUCGACACAAGGAAAUACAACCGUUGUAAGUUUUACUUACAUUUUAUUGAAAAAAAAACCUAUAUUAAGAAGUCAUGUCUCGGGAUCGCUUCAGAAAUAAUCGCGGAGGUUUUCCGCAACAGCAGCGGGGUCGUGGUGGCGGCGGCGGCGGCGUAGGAAUGCGGGGAGGAAUGGGCAAUAAUUUCAACAGAAACCAAAACCAGCCAUUUCAGAACCGUGGACCCCCUCAGCCUGGACCAGCUUUCGGUAAACAACCAAAUCAAGCUAACGAUGCCACUCCAGUGAAGCCCCAGGGGCCCGGUGCUCAACCCAACACCCCAGUGCAGCAGUCGCCUCAGAACGCCCAAAACAAGACUCCGACGCCGCAGACUGCCAAUGCAAACGCAGGCCCACCGAAGCAAUCUCCCCAAGUUAAGAAAGAUAUAGCUUCCCCUCCUCCGGUUAAGAAAGAUUUCGCUUCUCCACAGAACAACGGUAACAGACAAGGACCUAAUAACCAGGGACGACAAGGCGGUGGUAUGAACAAGCCUCAAGCCACCCCCGACAAAGCAAAGGCGAAUACCGAAGAAAAAGGCGAUCAGCCACAGGAACCAUUCAAGGCAACUCUUUCCCUGCUCAGGAGGCCUGGUGAGAAAACCUACACCCAGAGAUGCCGCCUUUUCAUUGGAAAUUUGCCCAAUGACAUAAACGAGGAUGAGUUCAAAAAGCUGUUUGCUAAAUAUGGGGAGCCAAGUGAAAUUUUCAUCAACUCGAGCAAAGGAUUUGGCUUCAUCAGACUGGAGUCCCGUGCCUUGGCUGAGAUUGCUAAAGCAGAGUUAGAUGAUGUGCCCAUGAAAGGCAGACAGCUCAGAGUGCGUUUCGCUACACACUCUGCUGCCUUGUCUGUGCGCAACCUCUCUCCAUUUGUAUCCAACGAGCUUCUGGAGGAAGCUUUCUCGCAGUUUGGGUUGGUGGAGCGGGCAGUGGUUAUUGUUGAUGACCGUGGUCGGUCGACGGGCAAAGGCAUUGUCGAGUUUGCCCACAAGCCCUCAGCCAGGAAGGCCAUUGACCGUUGCAACGAUGGCGUCUUCUUGCUGACCACAACACCCCGUCCAAUCGUUGUUGAACCGCUUGAGCAGUAUGACGAUGAGGAUGGACUGCCAGAGAAACUUGCACAGAAGAACCCAAAAUAUCAGAAAGAGCGUGAGCAGCCUCCUCGGUUUGCCCACCGCGGCUCGUUUGAGUUCGAGUACUCCCAGCGCUGGAAGUCCCUGGACGAGAUGGAGAAACAGCAGCGGCAGCAGGUGGAGAAGAACAUCCGGGAGGCGCGCGAGAAGCUGGAGAGCGAGAUGGAUGAUGCCUUCCAUGAGCACCAGGCCAACAUGAUGCGUCAAGAUCUGCUGAGGCGCCAGGAGGAGCUCCGUCGCAUGGAGGAGAUGCACAGUCAGGAGAUGGCGAAGCGCAAGGAGAUGCAGCUCAGGCAAGAGGAGGAGAGGAGGCGGCGAGAGGAGGAGAUGCUGCGUCAGCGCGAGAUGGAGGAGCAGAUGAGGCGCCAGCGUGAGGAGAACUACAGGAUGGGAGGAGGUGGCGGCGGUGGCGGCGGCUUCAUGGACAACAGAGAGCGUGAGAUGAGGCUGAAGACAGGAGCUGGCAUCUUGGCAGAUUCUCCCUUUGGCACUCCAAAUCCAAAAUUCCUGGGAGGGCUUGCCUUUGAGGGCGGCCUGGGUGGUGGCACUCCAUCUGGUGGGCUGAUGGGCGAAAUGAGAGGCGAGCGGUUCAACCAGGGAGGCCCUGGAGGCCCCCGUGGCAUGGGUCCCAAUAACCCAGGGUUUGGGCGAGUGCGCGAGGAGUUUGAUGGCCCAGCCAAGAAGCCACGAUUUUAAAAACGGUGUCCCUGUCUUUUUCGGAAAAAUUGUGCUGUUGCGUAGAUUCUGAUACCUUGAGUCUAACUUUGAUGUACCUAAGGACUAUAUUGCAUUUUAAGCUUCAAGUCUUAUCUGUUUUUUUGUGGCAGCGCUCUUUAUUUUUGCAUUUUAUGUUAUAUAUGGAAUAGCUGGGAAUUUGUUAUUGCUGGUCCCUUGACCAGCCUCUUUCCAUUUCGUCAUACUCCCUCCCCUGUUCCUCUCCAUUUAUCAUGUUCUGUGAUGUGACGUGACACAAUGGUAAACUUAUGAGCCUUUCUUUGGCUCCUUAUUUUGUGCCAGUUAUUAUUUGACGUCAACUCUGUAAGUUCACAAUAAAGAGUACAGUUGGUGAUUUCCAAAUAUUCACAGUAUGUUCUUCGUCCUGGCCAACAGUAAAAACCCACGUCAUUGAACUAUAGGUCCACAUUUUAUGUACAGAGAGAAAACUAUAAAGUUAUGUUGCACAAUACUUGUAGCCAAAAUUGCAUGUUGGCUAAUUUAUGACUUGUGUUGCAUCACAAGUGCUUCAGUGUGCAUAAGUGCUUUGGCCUAAUUGUAGCCUAAGCAGUAUGUGGUCGUCUAAUUUAUUGUAGAUAUAACACCAGGAAGUCUCGUCACAGAUUUUGUUUUUAAAAAUGGGAGCACAUUUUUUAUUAUUAAAUAUGUUUGUUAGUUUGGCAAUUUUAUACAUAGUAGUUAGUGAUUCAGAUAUGGCUUAUUAGAGUUCCUAUUCUUUGGGAUUCCAGAGGAUGCUUGGUUCUCAUUCAGUGGCGGAAGUGAGACUGAAAAGAUCUACAGGGUUUUGUAGAACUAAAGAGCAAAUCUUCUAUAGCCCUGCUGCAAGAGAUUGUCAUACCAUCAGUCUUCUCUUCAGGAAAAAACUGUGCCCUGACUGGAAAAUAUUGAAUUUAGCUUGAGUAUGUGGGCAACUUAGUAUUGAGCACCAAUUUAAAUGCUGUACAAGAAAAUGCUUAUAAACAGUGACCACUAGAUUGCAUCAGUGCGAGUUCUGGAACUGGACUUCGUACCAAUGUUUUUUGAUCGCAAUAAAAUUUCAAUGGGAAUCUCA